AUGCCACUGUUAAAACUCUCCGGCAAAUUACCGAACCUGAGAUCUAUCUAUCUAUCUAUCUAUCUAUCUAUCUAUCUAUCUAUCUAUCUAUCUAUCUAUCUAUCUAUCUAUCUAUCUAAUCUGUUCUAUCUAUCUAUCUAUCUAUCUAUCUGUCUAUCUAUCUAUCUAUCUAAGUCUAUUCAUAUCUAUCUAUCAUCACAUCUGUCUAUCUAUCUAUCUAUCUAUCUAUCUAUCUAUCUAUCUAUCUAUCUAUCUCAGUCUGUUCAUAUCUAUCUAUCUAUCUAUCUAUCUAUCUAUCUAUCUAUCUAUCUAUCUAAGUCUGUUCAUAUCAAUCUAUCUACCUUAGUCUGUUCAUAUCUAUCUAUCUAUCUAUCUAUCUAUCUAUCUAUCUAUCUAUCUAUCUAUCUCAGUCUUAUAUUAUUUUUUUGUGUGUCCGUGUGCGGAUAUGCGAGUGUCUCUGUGUGCCAGCAAACGAGUUCGGGGUUUCCACAAAUAUCUAUCUAUCUAUCUAUCUAUCUAUCUAUCUAUCUAUCUGUGUCAUUCUUUUAA